UGUUAAACUGACUAGAAACAUCCUUCGACUGUUAUUCAAAUAAAAAAUAAAUAUCUCAAAAUCAUACAAAAUUAUAUGAAUCGUUCUAAAGCGCACGUCAUUCAAAAUAGCAAAUCGUAAUUUAUAUUUGUUAAAGCAGCCGUGAAUCGUAAAUUUUCAUGUUUAAACAACUGCGAUUAGAGUUCAGGAAAAGAUAAUAAUAUCUAUUGAUCAUUUUUUUAUAAAAAUCUGAAACGUGAAGUACGUCUUACUCAGAGCGAAUAUACGACGUAGUGAGGGAAAAGGAGAGAAAGUAUUGUCUGACGGAAAGAGACAGUGCAGCAUAUACACUGCCUGGAUACUAUAGCGAGCAGACACCCUGGUGCAGAACGUCAGGAGACAAUCGGCAAGUCAGACCGGACUACAUACCUCCAGACAGUUAUUAGUAUCAAACCCGCACUAAUAAGAAAUCAAGUGAACGUGGAAUUUAUUGAAUAGACAUUCUCACACCUGACCAAGGAACUUUGAACUCUUCCGAAAUUAUAAAAAAAAAAUUGUGCAAAAGGAUAAAAUAACGAAAAUGUCAUCCCAAAGGCGGCAGAUGAUGCAACCCUGGCCUCUGUGCAUUAUGCCCUUCUCCAAGCGCAAGGAGCGUUCCAUCCUUCCCAAAUAUUACAGUCGAGUGUCAUCCUUGACAAGGUCAUCGACAACAAGUUCUACUCUAACAGAGGAUUGUGCAUCGAACGCCACGCUCGUAACAAAUGCAAGUCCGUUCAACAGUCAACAAGCUUUAAUUACGGAUAAGAACCGGAACAAGAACAAUAGCAAUUCCCAUAGUCAUUACUAUGCCGAAAAUUUGAGACAUGAGAACCAAAUUAAAAAUUCACGAAUUUACAAUCCUUUGAACGAGGAUCUCAAGGAGUACACACAGUUGGAGCCUUUGGUAGCUAAAGAUCGACUGGGGAUUGACAACGCCAAAAUAGUCAUGGGUUCUCAGAUUCAGUUGGAGGAGAAAGACAAUGGUCCUUCCAAUCCUCCUCGUCCGACAACAAUUCGUGCCCAAAAGACAUCAAUCCUUACUCAAGUGCUUGCUGCACUCACAGUCUCCUUAGGAUCCAUGGUCGUAGGAUUCUCGUGCUCUUAUACAUCACCAGCUUUGCCGUCUAUGAAUGCCACAGCUCCAUUUGAAUUCGAUGAACAAAUCAGCUCCUGGAUCGGAUCCGUGCUGCCACUCGCUGCCCUUUUCGGUGGCAUCGUAGGCGGUCCGUUAAUUGAAUAUCUCGGAAGACGAAAUACCAUUCUUGCAACAGCUUUUCCAUUCAUCGGAGCAUACCUUUUGAUUGCAAUGGCAAACACCUACUGGCUGGUAUUAGCUGGACGUGCUCUGUGUGGUCUAUGCGUGGGUAUUGCCUCCCUAUCGUUGCCAGUGUACCUCGGUGAAACAAUUCAGCCUGAAGUUCGCGGAACUCUUGGUCUCCUACCAACAGCCUUUGGUAACAUCGGAAUACUAAUUUGUUUCGUCGCAGGAAGAUACCUUGACUGGUCUUAUCUUGCCUUCCUUGGCGCUUGUCUGCCAGUGCCGUACCUCUUGCUCAUGUUCCUUAUUCCCGAAACUCCAAGGUGGUACAUUUCCAAGGGCAGGACGAAGCGUGCACGCAAAUCACUCGAGUGGCUCCGUGGAAAGAAUGCCGAUGUUACCGAAGAGCUCGGUGGAGUUGAGAAGACACACGUGGAAAGUGAAAGAAAUUCAGGACAUAGCGCACUUGAGGUUCUACUGCAGCCAAAAAAUAUGAAACCACUGGCAAUUUCACUGGGUCUCAUGUUCUUCCAACAACUUUCCGGAAUCAAUGCUGUUAUUUUUUACACCGUGGAAAUUUUCAAGAGCGCUGGGAGUUCAAUUGAAAGCAACCUAAGCACUAUCAUCGUAGGAAUUGUCAACUUUGCAUCUACUUUCGUGGCAACUGCUUUAAUCGACAGAUUGGGCCGAAAAAUCCUACUUUAUAUCAGCAGCGCUGCUAUGAUCGUGACACUAGCAACUCUCGGUUUCUUCUUCUAUUUCAAAGAACACAACUACGAAGGCGUAUCGGCUGUAGGAUGGCUACCACUCGUUAGUUUCGUUAUUUACGUCAUCGGAUUUUCCCUCGGUUUCGGCCCAGUGCCCUGGCUGAUGAUGGGUGAAAUUUUGCCGGCCAAAAUUCGCGGACCCGCAGCCAGUAUUGCCACCGGUUUCAACUGGUCUUGUACGUUCAUUGUAACAAAAACAUUCAAGGAUAUUAUCGGAAUUAUUGGAGCCAGUGGAACGUUCUUCACAUUCGCUAUCAUUUGCGUUGCUGGACUGGUAUUUGUUAUAAUCCUUGUGCCAGAAACGAGGGGUCGAUCGCUAGAGGAAAUUGAGAGGCGAUUGACUGGACCAGUAAGAAGAAUGAGUGCAAUUGCAAAUAUGAAACCUGUACCGACUGGUUGCUAGUUUCAAAGAUGAUUCUCAUUGAUUUAAUGCUGCGUUGUCGAUACAAUUUGGAUCUAAAAAUGAUUCCGAAUGGCAGGAUGCCAUUCCAGAGACAAGCUCUCUUACUCCAUUAUUUUCAUGUUUGUUUUUCUCUUGUCGUGCUUGUCUGCAAUGAAGUAAUGUGAUCUAGUUCACAGCAAUAUUUUUCCAAACAAAAUGUAGAGAUAUAACAGUCUAUAAGUAGAUAGAUAAGUGCAGUGAGAGCUGAAGGUGGAUAUAGUUUGCUCAAAUAGCAAAUGGUGCUGAACAUUGAGGGUGCUUGAACUUGACCAAAAUAUUCCAUGAUUCUCAUGUUUUAUGACUAACAGAUUGAUACUGUUGUCAACUGUUAGCACUUGCUCUCGUAGAGAAUAUAGUCCGUAAUGGAGUGGAAUGAAAGGAUUUAAUUUAUGAUGAAUUUUAUCUUGGGAAGUCCUCAGGAGUCUACCUCAUGGCAAUGAUAUGUAUAUAACAAAUUUCACAAGUGGAGCGUAGUGCAAGUGCAGAUGUAGUGUGAUGAAAUUAUUUUUAGAGAAUAUUUAAUUUUUAUGAACUCUAGCCAAAUGAUUGUAUAUAUUGUAAGAAAGGCUUGAAAAAUGAAGGUAUUUGUUGAAUUGUAGAUAGUUGAAUGUAAAUAAGUGAUUAUAGUUAACAGUGUUUCUUAGGGCCGGUUGUACCAGCUUCAAUUACGUAAUUCCUCAAUUGAAAAUAAGCUAAACGAUUCUGUUUACGCAAUGAUAAAUUUACAUCGAGGGUUUGAAACACCUGGUGGAGCCGCCCCUUAGCGAAUUCGAACAAUUAUUUCAAUUUUAGAAGUUGAAGAACUAUGUGCCUUACGAUUUUUAAAUGCUGAAUAGCGUCGUAAUCUUAAAAGAGAGAGAGAGAGCUUUUAAUAUUGUAUUGUAUCGGUAGAAGCAAUGAUUCAGAAUAAGGAGAUUUAUUCUAUCAAUGGAGACCCAAAGUGUAUUGAGAUUUAUUUACCAAGACCUGUAGUGUACUUAGGUAUCGUGCCAGUGAACAAAAUUUUAUAGUUUUGGCCGAUCAAAUGAAAAGUCUGCAGGACCUUAGAGAUUCCAAUGUCAUUGACUGAGAUUGUUUAUCAAUAAAAUGUAGAGGCGGAUGAUUAAUGA